CUUUCUCCGCGCACCGGCGGAGGGAGGAGGCGCCGCGCUUUAAAAGGCGGCCGAGCCAGGGCCUAAGCAUCAUUGCUCGCCACACAGCCCAGCAAACAACCCACUCAGCAACCAUGAAAUUCCUCGUUGUUCUUGCCGCCGUCUGCGUCGCCGCCCUCGCCGCCGAGGAGCAGGCCAAGGAGAAGCGCGGAGUGGUGGGACUUGGCUACGGCGCCUACCCCUACAGCGCCUACGGUGCCUACGGAGCGUACCCCUACGCCGCCGCCCCCGCCGCCUACGCCGCCCCCAUCGCCAAGACCGUCUACGGAGGCUACGGCAGCUACGGAGGCUACGCCGCCCCCGCCUACUCUGCCUACGCCGCCCCCGCCAUCGCUAAGGUCGGAUACACCGGCUACGCCGCCCCCGCUGCCUACGGAUACGCCGCUCCCGCCUACGCUGGAUACGCUGGCUACGCCGCCCCCGCCUACUCGGCAUACGCCGCCCCCGCCAUCGCCAAGGUCGGAUACACCGGAUACGCCGCCGCCCCCCUGGCCGCCGCCUACCACCACGGCCUCUACUAAAGAGCGCCAGCACCGCGCACCGCACCACACCGCCACCAUCCCCAUCUGCAGAAGCCAAGUGUUGUAAAUUAAUUUAUUAACUUAUGAUGCUCCUCACUGGUCUGACAACUUUUUGUGAAUAAACAACAUCUCGCUCAUAAACACACUAAACCGAAA